CAGUUGGAUUCCGCUACUCGGUAGCAUCGGUUCGAUUCCCUCGUGAAGACACCAAGGGUAGAGACGUUCCAAAAUUUUGGACAUUGUCGUCGAUCAAAAUUACGCGUCCACUUCUCGGUUGUUUAUUGGUGGGUGUGUGAAGACUUGCGCUGGGAGGGAAAAUUGUCGCCCAAUUACCACCCAUUUGCCCAUUAACGGCCGCCCGGGUCUUGGGAUUGUUUGUUUUCCUUCGCCGUUCGGUUUUUCGCCAGUUUGGUUUCCGUUGGUUCCGUCGUUUAACAUUGUUGUGGCACCAGAUGAAGAAAAGUGGCGAACCACGAAAGAAUUAUGGAGUGGGAAAAUUUAUGCGGUGCUGUGGAAAAAUUUGAAAAUUUUGAAGAAAAUGUGAUUGUAAGAAAUCAGCGUCAAUCAGAAAAAGGAGGAUGAAAGGCGACGAGUCAACCGUUGAAAUUUAUGAUUGUUCAGAUAGGUCUGUCUCUCGUGACGGGGCGUGAGGUUGGCGCAUUUUCUCGGCAUGCAGCCGCGUGCCACUGAGGUUUGAUCUUGGUGGUGCCAUCCAAGAGUUUGAUUAAAGUACGUUCUGCCGCGCUGGGAAAAUAAUAAUACAUUCCGAGCGGUUUUUCGGUGUGGGUGGCAUACAAGUGCGUAAAUAUAAAUAACAGGAUAAAUGCUAUGCAGAUGAUCGUCCGAAGAGUGGAUGAAUGAAAAAGGAAAAGCACAGCGGAAGAAUGUAAAUAGUGGUGCAUCGUGUGUUGGAAAGUGCUUUGAUGGGAGAUCGCUGCAGAUCAACGUUUUCCGGUGGUGCGUUUUCAAACAAAUUCAACGGUAGAGCGGAAGCCGAGUUGCUGUCAUCAAAGUUUCCAUCAAUUCUGACUGCAUAUGAUACGACCACAACGGAAUCAAUAUUAUCAAUAUUAUCAAUCAGCUAAUGAAAAAUCAGUGCGCGUGAAAAUUUGCAACAGGAAAAAACUCAUAACCCUGAAUCAGAAAAUACCAUAGCGUGUGACCGUAAAGCUCAGCAACCCGUGGAAGGACGCUUAUACUACCCUCUUGGCGGCGGCGGCGGGUCCCCACCGAAGCAGUAUGGUACGGUCCGUCAUAUUUUUACGACCACAUCAGAUACUGUUCCGCUGUCAUCAUUGCGGUGGUUGUUGCCGUUGGAGCUCUAGGAAAAUCUGUUGCUACCAGCAGCAUCCAACGGCCCACGGUCCUUCAAGGAACGAUAGUAUUUUCCCCGUUAAACAAUCUAGACCCCAAUGCGGGACCUGCACCAAUUGGUGUCCUGCUGCUACUGCUGAUGGCUACAUUGAACCACCCUCAGCCUCCGACGCCACCAUCCUUGAUGAAGAUGAUGAAAAUAUUAAGAUAGAAGAUGACGUCCUAAAUGGAAAUGCUUUUACUGCUUCCGCCGUUGUCAUAUUGAGACAUUCAGUGGCACUGAUAGCCUGAACAUCGGGAGCGAAGGAAAGUGAAUGAAAGUGUGCCAGCGAAUCGGAAACCAUUGCCAACAAAACGAGAAAAAGAGAAAAAAAAAAUCUCGACAAGGAUUGUGCACUGAAUAAACGAAAGACACAGAAAAUGUAUCUAGUUAAGGAAAACCUGGUGAUAAGUGAUGUGGAGGCGUCCUUGGGCACGGGACUCAAGGGCGAUGAACUGCUGGGAAACCCAUUUACCACUACGACUGGCGAAAUGCGGCUCGGGACGGAACAGCUGGAGCUCAACAGUACCGAAUACGGGUCGAAUGAUGUGCAACUGUCCAGCAUGGAUGAAAGUGCCCUGAGGACAAACGACACGACUCUCAACAGCACCGAGCAAGUGAUUGAUAGCUUCUACUUUUACGAGACUGAACAAUUUGCAGUAUUAUGGAUUCUAUUUAUAGUGAUUGUACUAGGGAACUUGGCUGUGCUGGUGACGUUGUUCAUGAACAAGAACCGGAAAUCGAGAAUGAAUUUCUUCAUCAAGCAACUUGCCAUCGCAGAUCUCAGCGUUGGACUGCUGAGCGUGCUGACGGAUAUCGUGCAGAGGAUUACCAUUUCCUGGCUGGCGGGCAAUGUGGCCUGCAAAGUGAUACGUUUUAUCCAGGUGUGGGUCACGUACGCAUCCACCUACGUUUUGGUGGCCCUCAGCAUCGACCGAUACGAUGCAAUAACUCAUCCGAUGAACUUUUCCGGAUGCUGGAAGAGAGCUAGAAGACUGGUGGGAGCUGCGUGGGGUUUCAGCGCUAUAUUUUCUUCGCCCAUGUUCUAUCUGUACGAGGAACGUGUCAUUCAAGAUCAACUUCAAUGUUGGAUUGACCUGGGUAACGCACUUCGGUGGCAGCUUUACAUGUGUUGGGUGGCCACUUCGCUGUUUGUGAUACCAGCCUUCAUCAUUUCGGCUUGUUAUGUGAUAAUCAUCAAAACCAUUUGGUCAAAAGGUUCGGUACUCGGUCCGGUUGGUGGAAAAUACCGAUACCGAAACGGAAGUGCCGAGCUGGCGAGGCGGAGGGCCAGUUCCCGUGGCAUCAUCCCGAAGGCAAAAGUGAAAACCGUCAAAAUGACCAUCGUUAUCGUGAUCGUGUUUGUACUCUGCUGGUCACCGUACAUCGUGUUCGAUUUGCUACAGGUCUUCGAGCAAAUUCCGAAAACUCAAACCAACAUCGCCAUCGCGACCUUCAUCCAAAGUCUGGCGCCGCUCAACUCAGCAGCUAAUCCGCUGAUCUACUGCCUUUUCUCGACGCACUUCGUCAAAACGUUAAAAAGACUGCCUCCAUUUCGAUGGCUUUUCUCGUCCGGACUUUGUGGGUCUCCGCCGGAUGAGGUCGUGUCUCACAAUGGCAGUGGGCAAACGAGUAGCAGUCGACUACGGAAUCAUCACAGCAGCGAUUCGAUGCGAACUCUCACCACUUCGCUAACGACCUCCACUCGAAGGCCAGCCACCAUCAUUCGAACGUCUAGGGUAAUUAUUUAGCAGCAGCAGGGGUCCAUAGGCUCUGCUUACGUUCCAGCCCCAGGAGUGCGGGUCAGCCAUGGUGGGAAAAUAUUCCUGGUACAAAGUUUGCUGUAAAACUAAAGCGCAAAAAAGAUCUAGUCAAAUUUUAUAGCAUACGAAUUAAUAGACUUAAGCGGAACCAUUUUAAGAGGAAAUUUUUACAGUUACCAUUAAAUUUUUCGAUGAAUAUUCUAUAUUUUCUACCAUUCGCUACAAAGUAUCUACUGUAAUCUGUUAGUCAUGAUAGAUUUUAAAUUAUAAUCACGAAGUUCUCUGCGCCAGCUCUUGUGAGAUAUUUAACCCUCACGCUUGUAUAUAAAAUGGCGCCGUACAAGUGCUUUAACUGUCUAUGGCAACAAAGUGUAUACCAAAUAAUAAACGAAACAAAAAGUCGGAAAGCCCAGAAUCGUCCCUAAUCGCGAUGAAUAAUAAUGCAUUUACUCAUUGAUACCCGGAUAGAUGUCAUCACUUUGUAUUAUACCCAUAUAUACACAAUAUAAUGUUAGACUGAUAUUCAGCGGUGCGAAUUACUAAACUUUACCGACACUAACCAACCACCUGUGAAAAUAGCAUAAAAAAUAGUUUAUGAAACCGUUGGGAAUAUACGAGUUGACUUGUUGGAGUUGUGAGUAUUCCGCUGGGUAAUUGACCUAUGUUCGAAACGAAUAAAGCAGCUUGGAAAAUG